AUGGCCUCAAACGGCACUCAGGGCAGCGAUGCCAAUCAAAAUCCCGCUCCUCAGAGUGACAAGCCCGUUCCUCAGAACGUGGCAAACGUUUCUGGUGGUAAUCGUGGCCGUGGUCGUGGUAGUUUGGGCCGUGGCUCCCACGGCGGAGUCUCCCAAAACUCUGUCAACAACGUUCCUAACUUGCCCAGGAGUGUGCCAAACUUGCCGACCACUAGCUGUACUAAUCGCGACUAUAGCCGAGCUGAAGGCAGACGCAGGAACCUGGAAAGGACUAUAACAUUCACAGCCGAAGACAGGAAUGAGCCAGCACCCAAGCAGGCCAUCGAGGACGUCAGCGACGAAGCGUCUGAUAAGGCAUGUCCCGAUUGCAAGGGACACACUUGCGGUUUUUGCAGGGCCAAAGACCAUGCUAUGAUUCACUGCCUCAUGGCAAAAGAUGGUAACAUCCCUGGCUGCGUCUUGUGGAAUACGAUGGCGCAUGAGCUGAAUGCAUGCCCUAUAUAUAUGGGCCUAGACAUGCAAGAAAGGUUGAAAGGCCUCAUAAAUGAGCGCGCUGGCCUCCCUAAUGUAAAGGUGAAGGACCACUGGUCCACUCUGUUUCAUGCAUGGCUGUAUGACAAGGCGUCCGAGGGGAUGAGAGCCCCUGACGAGUACCCAUGGACAGAGGCCCACGCGAUUGAGCUCAAUGGGCGCCAGAAUGGCAAUUACGCUCAUGGGCUGCAGUUGGUGUUCGAAAAGAGCGGCCACGACCGUUCUGUUCUUCCCAAGGAUGAGGUGGUCAAAGACGCUGUCGGUGUCUGGUGGCAUUUCUGGUUGCGACGCGGUCUUCCAUUUCCUCAACGCCUGGUCGAGAUGGGCUUCACUAGUCCUUUUGAUACUGCCGGCCCAAAAUUCGGAGCCAAGGAAGUCUGA